AUGCUCUCACGUGUUGCUGCGGUGAAGGCACCCCGCACACACAACCGUCGCCGCGUGACCGGAUCCAGCGGAAGGAGGAGGGAAGGAGGAGAGGGUGAGCCGCAGAGGCCCAACAUGUCCCGGCGUGUGUUUACUUCCGCGGUGCUCCUCCUCCUCGUGAUGAUGUGCUGUGGCAGUGGAGCUGCGCACGCGGUGGAGAGUAAUUCGGGGGAUGCGCAGCUGCCGAAUGAGGUUGCUAUUCUUGUGCCAGAGAAGACGCUGGUGGUGUCAAAAGGUGGGAAGGGCCAAAGUACAACGAGGAACUCAUUUGCCGCUCCUUCUCUCGUCCGCGCUGGUGGAGUAAUGACUGUGCUUGCCGAGGGUUGGAUCAAGUAUACUGGAUCGCACAAAACAUCGAGUGAGCUUGGUUCUGCCGAUAUUGUGGCUGGGUACAUCAGCGCUGCGGAGACGUGGCCAUCCAUUGUCGCUGAGGUCACUAGCACGGAAUGGAGGGCACACACUGUCCUUGGCGAUGGGAAUGGCGAUGAUCUUGUGGGCGUUUUGCGAAAUCCCACAUCAGUUGGAGUGGACAAUAAGGCGUUUCUACUUGUGGGAAGCUAUAGUAUAAAAUUUGACGCUACUAAAAAUAUUUGGCAGGAGGUUGGCUGGGAUAUUCGAAUGCUUGUGGGUGAGGCCACGCACUCCUUAUCCAGCGGUCGGGGUGAAUGGAUCGAAUGGGCUGCACCCAUAUCACUGAUAUCACUGAUCCCCGAAGAGCUCAAAAGUGAACUGAAGGAAUUUGUGGGUGGUGGUGGCUCAGGCAUUGUGAUGUACGACGGCACGAUUGUGUUUCCUCUGACAGCGAGGAAUCGAAAUGGUUACCCUCUCUCCUUGCUCAUUUAUUCGGAGGAUAAAGGCAACAGCUGGGUGGUCCCAAAGGGCGUUUCUCCUGUGGACUGCUUUGGCCCCCGCAUCAUCGAAUGGGAUUAUGGGACACUUCUCAUGGUUACUGACUGUUUGGCUGGCCGCAAGGUGUUUGAGUCGAAUGACAUGGGGAAAUCGUGGACGGAGGCUGUCGGGGUACUCUCAUGGCUGUCGACAGACGCGCCACCUGACGCUUACGGCAAGAGGUAUCUUUUGGGAUCCAUCAUUACUGCGAUCAUUGGGGGAAAUAAUUUAAUUCUGUACACUCAGAAGGGGAGGUACCCUCCGGGGGAGCGUGGUUUACCCAAUGCGUUCUAUCUUUGGGCGACGGACGGCAACCGCACGUUUCAUACUGGACGGCUUUCUGUGGACGAUAAGGAGAAUAAGGCGACUGCCAACACCCUGCUGUACUCAGGUGAUGCGUUGCACCUUGCAGAGGCGAGGGGUACUGCAACGAUCAGCACAAUAUAUUUUUCCCGCCUGACGGAGGAGCUGGAGAUUAUCAAGUCUCUCGUGAGGACCUGGGAACGAAUGGACGCCUUCUUCUCCAUGUCGCAUACACCCACGGAUGGACUGGUUGGAUUCUUGUCCAAUACAGCCAUCGGCCCAAAAUGGAUGGACGAAUACCUUUGCGUGAAUGCAACGGUGACGAAUGGAGUGAAAGUCCAAGAUGGAUUUAAAUUCCCGGGGCAUGGAUCCGGGGCAAAAUGGCCCGUAAACAGUCGGAAGGAUAAUGGGCCGUACACCUUUGCGAAUAAAAGAUUAC